AUCCUGUCUGAUUUAGUUACGGGGAGAAGUUUGGACUCAGGGUAUCAACCAGGCAACAAUGAGGCAAACAGGGCCAUAAAAAGAUAAGAUAUGGAAUCACAGCCAUGGCAGGAAGAAAUUCAAUACGACUGGCCAGCGACUGACAAGCCACCUCAAUGUUCUUCGUUACCAUGCUCCAAGAAUGGCGGUGGCAGCUCAUGUUCAAAUGUGCCACUGCAGUUUGCUUCCUCGUCAGUAUGAUCCUGCUCUACUGUCUUUCUACGGUACAGAUCAACUUCAGUCCUCCAGAGUUUCCAGUGCCUCUUUCAUGUGCUCCCCAAUCAAGCCAACACAGCACCCAGUCAACUACAAAUGUAUUACAACAAGACAGUAACAUCUGUGUUCCUAAAGUAGACAUCAUGUUUAUGAAGACCCAUAAAACAGGAAGCAGCACCUUCCUCAAUAUUCUGUUCCGUUUUGGAGAGAAGCACAAACUCAAAUUUGCCUUCCCCAACAGUCAAAACGACUUCUCCUACCCCUCACCUUUUCAACGCACGCACGUUCAUGGCUAUAAAACUGGAAUGUGUUUUAACAUCAUGUGCAACCACAUGCGUUUCAAUGCAGCUGAGGUGGCCAAGGUGCUGCCCAGAGACACUUUCUACAUCACGAUCCUGCGAGAUCCUGCAGAGCUCUUUGAAUCGUCUUUCCAUUACUUUAGCCGCAUUAUUCCUCUGACCUGGAGGAUACCAGGUGAACAUAAGGUGGCUGAGUUCCUGCGUAAUCCCAACCUCUACUUCAGCUCGGAUGGAUUUAACUCCUUCUACCUGAAGAACCUGCUCUUCUUUGACUUUGGGCAGGACAACACCCUGGAUCCAGAUGACCCACGUGUAGAAAAGAGCAUCAGGCUCAUUGCUGAGCGUUUUCACUUGGUCAUGAUAAUGGAGCACUUUGAGGAAUCACUCAUCCUGCUCAAGGAUACCCUGUGCUGGGAGAUGGAUGACCUCCUCUUCUUCAAGCUCAACUCCCGUAAACAAUCCACUGUGUCUAAACUGAGCCCAGAACUGAGGGCGAAGGCCUUGCAGUGGAACAGCAUUGACUGGAGGCUUUACAAACAUUUUAAUCUGACCUUCUGGGAGAGAGUGGAAGCUUACGGAAGAGACCGUAUGACAAAGGAUGUUGCAGAGCUCAGGAGGAGGAAUGCAGAGAUGGUGAAGAUCUGCAUUGAGGGAGGUCACUCUGUCGAGGCUGGAAACAUUCAUGAGGAGGCUAUGCAGCCAUGGCAGCCCAUCGGAGAAAAGUCCAUCAUGGGAUAUAACUUGAAUAAAAAUGUAGACAAAGCCUAUCAGGAGUUGUGCCGAAAGAUGUUAACCCCAGAAAUUCAAUAUCUAACAGACUUGGGGGUUAACCUGUGGCUUACUAAGCUGUGGGGACAUGUAAGGAAUAUCAUUGACUGGUGAUGAAACACGAGACAAAAGAUGAAUGAGCUUUUUAAGGGCGGCUGUGGCUCAGGAGACAGAGCAGUCGCCCACCAAUCGGAAGGUCGGUGGGUCGAUCCCCAGCUCCUCCAGUCCACAUGCCAAAGUAUCCUUGGGAAAGAUACUGAACCCUAAUUUGCCCCUGAUGUGUCAUCGGUGUGUGAAUGUGUAUGAAUAUGUUAGGAAGCACUUUGUGUGUAAAGAACAAGUGCUGUAUGAAUGUGUGUGUGUGAAUGGGUGAAUGUGACCUGUAGUGUGAAGCGCUUUGAGUGGUCGAUAUGACUAGAAAAGUGCUAUAUAAGUGCAUUCCAUUUACCAUUUACCAUUUUGGAGAAAUGACUGAAAAGUGAACGUGUUAGUGAGUGAUGUUUUCUGAAUUCCACUGUAUUUAUUUGAUUUUGCCCUGAAGGCCUCUUUUUUAUUGUCUGGCAUAAAAUAAAUAAUAAUAUAUUACGUGCCAUUUAUUGUAUUCCAUCCAUUCCAUAUUCUGUUAAAGCUGCAAGGAAAAAUGAUAGCAUGUUCAGUUUUGAAAUUUGUGCCAUCUGCUUGCAAUGUGUGUAUAUGUUUAUGUAUAUGUAUAUGGACAUGUAUAACUACUUAUUUCCUUUUUGUAUUUGCUGUGUGUGUUUGUGGUUGUGUGUGACAUUACAAUGUAAUAUAUGCAGCACGAACUGUUUGUAUUUAAUUUUAAUCUGUAAAAUGCUAAUCCUAUCCACAUCUGUAAUUAAAUGCUGGUAUUAUUCAUGCA